CACUCUGGGUAUAUAUACUGUGCAACUCCAUCCAGCAUCACACACCUCUACAAACCUUUAGCCGGCUACAACAAACCAAGUCUCGCUCCUCAACAUGAAGCUGACGCUGCUGCUGGUGGCCCUGUGUGCCCUGCUGGGUGUGGCUCUGGCACUGCCCUCACCCUACGCCCUACCUGACGCGGAUCCUUCACGUCGACAUGGUCAAUACAACCAGGGAUAUAGCCACUACCGCUACCCUACCAUCACCCACACACAUCACGAUGACCACACCCACUACACCAGAUACUUCCCUGGCGGCCACCACGACCACUUCACCACAUACGGUGGUCACCAUCACCACUAGUACCAUAACGGGUACUAUCAUCACUAGCACCAUCACGCGUCAUGGUGCUGGUGACUGACUGUCAUCGUCAGAGUACCAUGAUGGUCAACUCCACCUGGAUUACGGCUGCAGACUUACAACAACUGGCUCACGGUUCAACAUGGUCAUGUUAAGACACUUUUGUUUAUAUAGUUCACGUGUGGGUGAGUGUGUGGUGGUCGCCGGGCAGCAAGGCGACCUACUCCAGUACUGAGUCUCGGGUCUUCAACACCCAAGUCAACUUUGUGUCCUUCUCUUACCAGCCACUACUGCUGCCACCAUCUUCACCUGUUCCAUCAGAGCUGACCCACCUCACACACCUUUCCACCCUGGUAUAUUGUUUUCUAUCUUGGCUAUAAUAGAUAUUCUUGUUUGUUAUCAUUUAUCUACCAAGUUUGAAGGUACACAGUCACAUGUAUAGUCAUACUAUGAACUGUACUGUGUAGCCACAUGUGGCUCAUGGCAGUAUAUAUGUAUGGUGAGUUAUUGUAAGAGUGACAGUUAAAUAAACACGACCACAAUAUCA